CCCGCACCACCCCGGAGCCAAGCCUGGCCACUCGGGUGGCCGGAGCACGCAGGGCAAAGCCUAGGCCUGGACCCCCGCGGUGAGCGCCCUGCCAGCCAGAAUUCACAAUGACAACAGUAAAUGUGACCACAGAAGCUCUGCCAACAAGUAUAAUAGAAGAUAAUGCUGCUGUGUAUGAGGCUACAUCAGCACACAUUAUUGAAGAAACUGAAUAUGUGAGAAAGAUUCGAACUACUCUGGAGAAGAUCCGAAAUCAAAUGUUUAAAGAUGAAAUAGGACAUAACAGCACAAAUCACAAGCUAGAGGCAAAGCUCUAUGAAAACAUUCAAAAUGGCACUGAUGCUAAAAUGGACCCUUCUUGUGGCAGCUUGGACUUGCUCAUGCAAAAAAUCAGAGGAAAAGACCUGCAGCUCCUAGAGAUGAACAAGGAGAAUGAAGUCUUGAAAAUCAAGCUGGAAGCCUCCAGAGAGGCAGGAGCAGCAGCUCUGAGAAACAUGGCCCAGAGGUUAUUUGAGAACUACCAGACACAAUCUGAAGAUGCGAGGAAACGGCAUGAGGACAGCAAGCACUUACUCCAGGUUACCAAGCUUGAGAAAGAACUGACAUUGAAACAGCAUGUUGAAAGUCUGAAUCAAGUUGCUGAAAAACUUGAAGAAAAACAUAAGCAAAUCACAGAAUUGGAGACGCUUGUGCAGAGGAUGGAGACGGAAAAGAGAACGCUACUAGAAAGAAAACUAUCAUUGGAGAGCAAGCUUCUGCAACUCAAAUCCAAUGCUACAUAUGCUAACAGUUGCCAGGAUCUUCAGAUGGAGAUUUCCAUCCUCCAGGAGCAGAUCUCUCAUUUGCAGUUUGUGAUUCAUUCUCAGCAUCAGAACCUACGCAGCGUCAUCCAGGAGAUGGAAGGAUUAAAGAAUAACUUAAAGGAACAAGAUAAAAGAAUUGAACGUCUGCAAGAAAAAGUCAGUGUACUUGAAGCCCAGAACAAAGAACUAAAAACCAAGGUGGCACUUUGGCCUGAAAUGCCUAGGACAAAAGCAUCUAAAUCGGUCUCUACAAGUGAAUUGAAGACUGAAGACACGUCUCCCUAUUUGAUGUUGAUUAGGCUACGGAAAUGAACUGGCUGGAUAAAGAUCAGCUUGAGAGAGACUAUGUGGAUCUUAUUUAUUCCUUUCAUGUUAAAAUGGCGACAUGUCAGUGUUCAUAUGGACUUUAUUAUACAUCAAAACUCAGCAGGAAGGCAACAUUCCAGAAUUUCAAACAAAUGUGUAUUUGAGUGAAAGAAUUCUUUCUUUAGAACUUACUAAACACACUAAGAAACCAGGUGAUUUCCCAUAAGGGAAAGUCAAUUCCAUUUUUAACUUAAGGAAAUCUGUGUCUUAUUUUUUGUUUCAUGAUCAAGAAACAUAAGGUUUUCAUCUUCACCCUUUGGAUAGUAAUGUUUUAUGUAUACUGGGAACAAUGCAAUAUAUAUAUAUAUAUAUAUAUAUAUAUAUAUAUAUAUAUAUAUGGACACAUGGAUAUAUAAUUAUAUAUGAAUAAAUGCUAUAUUGUAAGAUUGACUUUUAGAUAUGAAACAGUUCUUACCAUGUGUAAUUUCACCUUCUCUUAACCUGUUUGUUGUUAGUGGGAUGGUUGUUAUCUACUGAAUUAUGGGGAGACAAGCAAGAGGUCCAUGAAACCUAGUUCCUCCAACCCAUAGUGUCUUCCAUAUUGAAAAUCAUGAUCUCCUCUCCCUACCCUAGAAUGUCAUUGUUCUUUGGUUAUUUGGUGGUAAAAAUGAACAUUUUUGUUGGAGGCUAACACCAUACAUGUAAGACAGCAGGGAGUGUGCUCUUAUCUUCGUGACAAAUAUUUUCUUGCUGUUCAUUAAUAUAAUCUAAGUAAAAUAAUGUGGGAGGAAAGAUUGAAUGUAAGGCAGUCAGCAGGUACUUCCAUAAAAAAAAUAAUGGAUUCUGUACAGUUGAAAGGAAUAGAGGCUACUAUCCACAUCCACAAGGAACCUCGAUUCCUAAGUUUGAAUGGCAUGUUUGGGGCUUGAGUUAAAGUGUGCUUAGAUUUGGGAUCUUGUUUUCAUUACAAAUAGAGUGUGUUAUUGCUACAAGUAAAACCAAACUCUGACUGGUGGAAAUGCAAACAAACUGGAAGAACACAAUUUCAAUGAAGUAAAUAAGGAGAGGCUUUAUUCACCCUCAGAAAAGAAUUCCCUUUGUGCCUUUGGUCACCAUAUUUUUCUCAGGAAAGAUGUUACCAGCUUUUCAAUACAGAAUGUGAAAUAUCAGUAUUAUCUAGGAAAUGUGUAAAGGUAUAUAUACAAUACGGUGAAAUACUAUAUUUGUACAUUCACCAAGUACUGUAACUCUGUGUUCUGGCAAACUUUCUCUUUUUUUUGGUGGUGGUACUAGGGUUUGAACUCUGAACUUCGCACUCUUGCUUUCGCUUUUUCUCUUUAGGAUGGUGCUCUACUACCUGAGUCACACUUCCAAUUCUCACUUUUUGCUGGUUAACUGGAGAUAAGAAUCUUAGAGACCUUUCAGCAUGGAUUUGCUUUGAAUCAGGAUUUUCAGAUCUCAGCUUUCUGAAUAGUUAGGAUCGUAUAUGGGAGCUAGCAGCACUCACUCAGCAUUGCUUGUGAGUUUUUAAGGUAUAAUUAUUUAAUAAUGUGUAGGGCAUAAUGAUCCUAUGCUGGAACAAUUCUAAGCACUUUAUUAAUUUCUUUCAUGUUCCUCUCACAGGGCUGAAGAAUGUCCAUUCCUCAGGCCAUAUAGAAAGCUUGAGACAUGAUUUGGUUUGUGAAAGCACAAAUGUAUGAGGUACUUUGUGUCAUCUGCCUGCAUAUCAUCUGCUGGUACAGAUGAUUUUGUGUGGCCUAUAAUGUUAUUACUGUCUUAAGAGUCUUUGGCAGAAGAAAGGUUCCCCAUCUUUGAGAGCAGGUCACAUUGCUAUUUGUGUUUUACACAGGAAGAGAUAUUGAGUUAGCAAAGGAAUUUCCCCAACUUCUCAUGGUGAACAAGGAUCUGCAGCUUUUGAGCUGGUUCUGCCUGUUCACUUGGUGUUCUGACAUAUAUCCCCAAUUGUAAAUAUGCCUCCUCUCUUGCUACUUUAACAAGACACCUUCUUGAUAGCUCUCUGUGUUAUCCUGCCAAUGCUAGCCAGAGAUCAGAUUUGCUGACAAAAAUCAAAGAUUAAUGAAAUGAGUUCAUGUCACCACAUGAACCUACCACCACAAGAUCUCUAAAGACAAUCUUCUCUGCUAAGAAUCUAUGCAUUUUACUUCUAUUUUUCAUGACUUCAUGCUAUGUUGAGGACAUCUUUGUAAUACAAUUUCAGGUACAUUUGUAAGGAAGCUAGGAACGUGAAUUUUGCUUCAAGCCUUUACAGUAUACCAAGAGAAUUGAUCUUCAUUUGGGGAUUAUGCAACAUCUUCUUAUACCUCAUGAAUUACACUGGACUGUAAUAAAUCUGAGAUUUUGGAAUGA